UAGAAAAUUAUCAGAAAAAAAAGGGGAAAAUAAACUUUUAGAAUUUUGCUUCUCCAAUCGAAGAUAUUUCAUUUCCCAUGUCCGGCAAGUACUAUAUUAUCCACCCUUUUUUCACCUUCACUUCUCCAGAGGCUCUAGGGUUUUCACGAUUAUUUUUUUUCAAUUUCCAGUUAUACCCUUUCCUAUUUCGUCUUUAUUGAGUUGGAGCUCUGCACUUGGGCGGGUCAAGUUCUCUGAGUUUUCAGUUUCAAGAACUGGUGCGGAAAUGACAAGGUGAUUGCUAAAUAUGUGUUUUCUGAAUUGCCCACUGACUGAUGUCAAACGCUGCAUUUUAUGAAAAUUGGGGAAUUGCGUCCAUUUGGGCAUUUUCAAUCCAUCUGAAGUGUGCAAUUGAUUCUUUUGCUGUUUUCUUUUUAAAUUAAUGCACAUGAAAGCAGCCUCCAUGCCGGAGGCUUGGUGCUGACCUCCCAUUUGUUAGAUUGAUGAUAACACUUAUGAACAUGGUUAUAAUAGUUUCUGACUAGGAAUUCAAUAUGCAGCAAAAGAGGAACAUAUUACUGAAUGAAGUUUGCAUCUAUAGUAUGGAUGGAGGACUAUCUGACGAAGUAGCUCCAAUAGAUGCGGCUGAGGGGACUCACCUCCAGGGUAAAGAGGUUGAGUAUUUGAUGAAACCUGACAACUGCAACAUGUUGGAGUCCCGAGAAGUGGUGAUACCGGAUGAGGUUAAUACUAUUGAGAGCUCAUUCCAAGUUCUUGGAAAUAUGUUGGAAGGUAAGAAAGUAAAUAGGAGUAUAGGUCCUGUAAAUGUAUCAGAACAUGGAUGUAGUAGCCCUCGCACUAUUGAUGAUGCAAAUGACAUGGUUGAAGAGUUAACUGUGAGAAAUUACAAUGGUUCUAACUUACCCAUGGUUGGUACAUCAAAUAAUAGAGAAAGAAUGCAGAUGAGACAGAACCAUUGGCAGCAUUUUUAUCAGUUGGUGGGUGGAUCAGGAAGUGGGGGUUCAUGUGGCAACCGGGACAACAGUCAGGCAAUGCCAAGUAUGUCACAGGAUGUAGGGUAUGCAUCUUUUCUUGAAUUUUUGGGUCAGAAACCUUUGAGUGAUGGGCGGAAUGAAGCGACAGAACAUUUGAUGAGUGGUGAUAUUAUUGAGGUUUCGGGCAGUCAGCUAUCUCAUGGAGGUAUUAAGACAAAGAUUCUAUCAAAAUCAGGAUUUUCUGAAUUUUUUGUCAAAACUACAUUGAAAGGGAAAGGAGUUAUAUGUAGAGGUCCAUCUCAUGAUGCCUCAAGAGUUGAGCCUAGAGAUCAGAAUAACACAAAAUCUACUGAGGGAACUAUGGUGGCUCCUACUGCUCCACUGAAGGCUGCCGGAAGCCCUGUGGUGGCUUCGAAUACGUCACUGAUCUUGGUUAACAAAGCCGUUAUGACUUCUUCUUCCUAUGGGAUCAUGGGGCCAAGGGCUGGUGAGUGUGAUCGUGAUGGAAUGAACUUGAGAGAAUGGCUGAAAGCACAGUGCCAUAAAGCAAAAAAAUCGGAGUGCUUGUAUAUAUUCAAACAAAUUGUGGAUCUGGUUGAUUAUUCUCACUCUCAAGGAGUUAUCUUGCAUGAUUUGCGCCCAUCUUUCUUCAAGUUGCUGCAACCUAAACAGGUUAAAUAUAUUGGUUCAGGUGUCCAAAAAGGACUACUAGAUACUGUCUUGGAUAAAGAUAUCCCCCCCUCAGAGAACUUUCUGAUUAGGAGAAGACCAAUGGAGCAGGGGAUGAUUUCAUCAGUUGGCCUCUGUGCUAAAAAGCAGAGGUUCAAUGAAAAUAAAAACUCGACACGAUGGCCUCUCUUUCAUUCUAGAGCUGGACCCAAAAUUGAAACUGUAAAUAAUACCCAAUUUUCUCACAAUGAAUCUAGUGAGCAUUGUUUUAAUACAGAACUUAGCAAUUCUGGCAGCCCUUAUGCAUCUAAUUCAGCUCAGCAGCAGUCAAUCUCUGUGAAUGAGCAGUUGGAAGAGAAGUGGUAUGCAAGUCCGGAGGAACUUAAUGAAGGAGUUUGCACAAUUUCAUCAAAUAUUUACAGUUUGGGCGUGCUGCUUUUUGAGUUACUUGGUCAUUUUGAAUCUGAGAGAGCACAUGCUGCAGCAAUGUUAGAUCUACGUCAUAGGAUUUUUCCUCCAACUUUUCUGUCAGAAAAUCUCAAGGAAGCUGGAUUUUGUCUUCGGCUACUUCAUCCAGAACCUUCUUUACGCCCAACAACCAGGGAUAUCCUACAAUCUGAAGUAAUUAAUGGAUUCCAGGAAGUAAUUGCAGAAGAAUUAUCAUCAUCCAUUAUCCAAGAUGAUACCGAAUCAGAGCUAUUAUUGCAUUUCCUUAGUUUAUUAAAAGAGCAACAGCAGAAGCAUGCCUCAAAAUUAAUGGAGGAUAUUUCAUGCCUAGAAGCAGACAUUGAAGAGGUUGAGAGAAGGCGCUGUUCCAGAAAACCUUUAACUUAUUCUUCCUGUAAUGUGAGAGAAUGUAGGCACCUUGGCAAAGAACCUCCAAUUUCAGAGGUGCAUUCUGGUUUAUACCAGCUUUCCAGUGCCAGUGAAAUGAGGUUAAUGAGAAAUAUCAAUCACCUCGAAACUGCUUAUUUCUCUAUGAGAUCAAGAGUCCAGUUUCGUGAGACUGAUUCAAUGACACGGCCAGAUAAGGAUUUACUUGAAAAUCGUGAGAACUGGCAUUCGGCUCAAAACAAUGAAGAAAUACCAAAUCCUACUGAUAGUCUUGGGGCCUUCUUUGAUGGUUUGUGCAAGUAUGCUCGAUAUAGCAAGUUUGAAGUCUGUGGGAUACUGAGAAGUGGGGAGUUCAACAACUCUGCAAAUGUAAUCUGUUCUUUGAGUUUUGACCGUGAUGAGGAUUAUUUUGCCGCUGCUGGGGUCUCUAAGAAAAUUAAGAUAUUUGAGUUUAAUGCACUCUUUAAUGACUCUGUUGAUAUUCAUUAUCCAGUCAUUGAGAUGUCAAACAAAUCAAAGCUUAGCUGUGUUUGCUGGAACAACUAUAUCAAGAACUAUCUGGCUUCAACUGACUAUGACGGUCUGGUCAAGUUAUGGGAUGCAAGCACUGGUCAAGCUGUCUCUCAUUUUAUUGAGCAUGAAAAGAGAGCUUGGUCUGUGGACUUUUCUCGGGUGUAUCCAACAAAAUUAGCUAGUGGCAGUGAUGAUUGUUCUGUGAAACUAUGGAGCAUUAGUGAGAAAAGCUGCUUAGGAACCAUCCGGAAUAUUGCAAAUGUCUGCUGCGUUCAGUUUUCUGCCCACUCCACUCAUUUACUGGCAUUUGGAUCUGCGGAUUACAAAACAUAUUGUUAUGAUCUUCGGAAUACCAGAGCACCAUGGUGUGUUCUUGGUGGCCAUGAUAAAGCUGUGAGCUAUGUGAAAUUCCUGGACUCAGAAACUGUAGUUACUGCUUCCACUGACAACACAUUGAAACUUUGGGACCUCAAUAAAACCAGUAGUGCUGGCCUGUCCCUUAAUGCUUGCAGCUUAACGUUUCGUGGACAUACUAAUGAGAAGGUUGGCUUUUGCCUCUGGAAAAUAGUUUUUUGUUCUUAUUAUAUCUCAACUCUGACAAGACUUUUGUCUUCGUUUGUGUUUGGUUUGACUUUUCACCUGCUUCUCCAGAACUUUGUGGGUUUAUCCGCUGCUGAUGGUUAUAUAGCUUGUGGUUCAGAAACAAAUGAGGUUUGUGCUUACUAUAGAUCUCUGCCUAUGCCAAUCACUUCACAUAAAUUUGGGUCGAUUGAUCCUAUUUCUGGGAAAGAGACUGAUGAUGACAACGGGCUGUUUGUAUCAAGUGUCUGCUGGAGAGGGAAAUCAGACAUGGUUGUCGCUGCAAAUUCUAGUGGAUGUAUUAAAGUGUUGCAGAUGGUCUAAGGAGAAGGAUAAUUGCUGAGAAUUAUCAAUUGCUGGCAUCAUUUUUACAACCUGAGAGUUUCUGAGGUUUCUUUUGGAGGCUUAUUAUUCUUAAGCAGUGAAGUCCAGGCAAAUAUGUCAUACGUGGGAGGACUCGAGUCUCUCAGUGGCAAAUUAUGCAGCUUUGAUGCGUAGAAUAUACUAUAAAGUCAGCCAAAGUGGAGUUCUGGUCCCAGAUUAGCCAGAACUAGAUUGCAGUGAUAUUUCUUACAGGCGUAAGACUCCUGAAUAUCAUGACGCCUCCAGGGUUCUGAGAUAGAGAGAAUGAAAUUGUAAAUAUGGGGAAGCAAAUUUGAGAUAAAAGAUAACUUUUGUAUAAGAGGCUUUCCAUCUCGGUUCUUGGAGCAAGAGUUUAUGGUGAUUAGGAUGUGUCUUGCGUCUGUUUUUGCUCCUUGAAACAAAUGUGCGGUCCGUUUAACCUUUUCAAUCGAGGACUAGCCUAAGCCAGGUUGUUUGUUCAUAUUAUAGCUUUAGAGGUAUAAUUGAUAAUUUACUCAAAUUUUAGGGAAUUCUUUAUUGGGUUGUAACUAAGCAUUCUACGAUAACCAAGGUUACCUCUGUAAAUCUACAAAUUUUGAUGUAUAUGAUAGUUUUGGCUCUACGAUCAAAGCUAUGACUCUUCCCUUAUUUA